UAGUGUCAUUUCGGCGGAACUCUGCUGCGGCGGCUCGUGUUUCUGCUCGAGUGUUUGUUGUGACGCACGCGCUGAAUUCACAUGGCACGAAAACACUGAACUCUGUAUUUGUCUACGUUUAUUUUCGCUUCAUUCAUCAGUUUGAUCAUGUCAGCCUCUGUGAUCCGACGAGGACUUGAAUUAUUCAGCGACAAAGAUGGAGUGAAGCGUAAGCAGAAGAAGAGCAGCAGCUCUCGUAAAUCCGCCUUGAUGGAGCAGAUCAGCACCGAUAAACAGGGCGUUCAGAGGCGGAUCCGACAGCUGCAGAGACCCGGAGGAUCGGCGCGGAACACAAACACGGUCAAAGACAAACACGUCCGGUCUGCUCUGGACGAAUACAGAAAGAAGCAGAAGAAGAGUCAGCUGAAGUCAAAUCUGGAGUAUUUCCUGGGCGCUGGUUGUAAAACACAGAGCAAAGACUCGAUAAAGAUCGUCCAGCAGCAUUCGGGUCGCCGCGCCUGCGAUCAGCCCGAUCUGCCCGUCUCCAAACCGGAGGAGAAAUCCGUCUUCAGUGAGAAGGACUUCAAGGAGUUCCAGAAGGAAUAUUUCUCAAAACUCUGACGUCCGUGAGAGCCGAUGUGUGCCGUGGGACAAUAAUACAUCUAUCUGGGCUCCUUCUGGAAUGAUCUCUGACUGCAGACACCGUUAGACUGAAGAACUGACGUUUGAACUUUUGAUUGUGCAUUAGGAAAAUCAUGGAAAUCAAAGCAGAGACGCAUGUAACGCUGCUGCUGUAAAACUGAACAGCACAGAAACUGAACCCAUCAAUUAAAACAAAAGCGAUCAGGGUUUUGUUAUCGUCACCCAAGACGCACUGAAUUAAAGUGGCAGUUCACCCAAAAGUGGAAAUUGUCAUCUUUCGUUCACUGUCAAGUUCUUCCAAACCUGUAUGAGAUUCUUUCCGUUGUUGAACACAAAAACAAGAUAUUUUGAUGGCAAAAAUGUUGAUGGCAGCCAUUGACUUCUGUAGUAUUCUUUUAAUGGCAGCUGUCAGCCUACACAUUAAUCAAAAUAUCCUCUUAAGUGUUUAAAGGAAGAAAGAAACUCACACAGGUUUGGAACUGAUAGAGUGACAGUGUGUUCAUUUUCGGGUGAUCUGUCCCUUUAAGUUAAGUUGUUAUUUUUAGGCGUAAUAGGAAAGAUUCUUUAAAAACUGUCUGCAUGCAACAAGUUGUUCUGCUGAAGGUGCUCGAAGUCUGGAGAUGCUCUGAUGAAGCGUCACGCUCGUAUUAAGCUGGAAUACGACAGCACUGGAGCUGCAGCCGAUCGUUCAGUGAAUGACGGGCUGAUGUUUUCCAUGACGGUUGGUCAUGUGACUGUUUCUUUCUCAAAGUCUUGUGUUUCUGCUCUGUGUGUUUACAUCACA